AUAUCUCGUCUCAUUGAUAGUGGUUUUGUUUAAUUGUUGUUUCCAUUCUACGAUUAGUGUACAGAAUUACUAGAAGAAAAUGGUUAUUUGUAAGAAAGUCAAAUGGAUACCGAUUUCUUGAGAUAUAAGUUUGAGGAUAGCCAUGAUGGUGUUAUUACUAAAACGAAAUUCAAACUUGGCAUACGGCACCUGCAAAUAGUGUACAUGUUCGUCGCGUCAGUUGUUAUGGGCAUGAUGAGAGGCAGUACUAGUGUUGGCAUUUAUGCUAUAUCAGAGAUAAAUGGAAAUUCUUAUGUUGAGACCCAGCACUGGAACCGAAGAAUCCAAGGCACCAUUUUAUCGUGGUAUUUCUUCGGAUAUGCCUUCAUGAUAAUACCAGCAGAGAAAUACUUGACUCAAGUUGGGGAAAAGUUUGUUUUGACGUCUGUGUUGUUGAUCAAUGGAGCGCUAUCUGCUGCUAUGCCUACUAUUGUUAAUAAGGGUGGUUGGGUAGCAACCUGCAAUGCUCAGUUCUUACUAGGCUUGACACAAGCAUGUGUUACUCCUGUCAAUCAAAAGCUUAUUGCUAAUUGGUUGCCGCCACACGAGAGGAGGUCUUUCAAUCAGCUUGUACAGGGAGGCUUACUCCUCGGUAUCAUAAUAGCGCUACCCCUAUCUGGGCUGUUCUUCGAAACCAGACUUGGCUGGGAGCUGAUCUUCUACUCCCAGGCGAUGAUCACCUUCUCUAUGGCGGCUGUGUGGGGUCUCCUGACUGCUAGUUCCCCGGAGAAACAUAAAGCGGUUGGAGACUCGGAAGGGGAGUUUAUUAGAGAGGCUAUUAGGUGUUAUCGUGCGAAAAAAACGAAGAAGCCUUGGAGACUAAUCGUAAGGACUAGUCAGUUUUGGUCCAUUGCUGCCGUUCACGCCUCAACUAACGCAAUUUUCAUAUUUUUCCUGGCUGAUAUGCCGGCUUAUUUGAAAACGUUUCAAGUAUCAUUGCCAAAUGUAACCACCCAAGUGGCAUUCUCAUUCACUUCACUAUGGUUAGUGUAUACUUUAACCGCUCCAACUUUCGACUGGGCUUAUCGGAUCGGGCUUAUUGACCAUUUCUUCAAUAUCAAGUACUUUAGGAAGAUUAUCAAUGGUCUCGGAGCUUUAGGACCAAUUACGGGAUUAAUAAUUCUCUCUUCUUAUUCGCUAUGGGAUCGCCUCGGUGACGUCAUCCUUAUGGCCACACUGGGAUUUGUAGCCUUUCAAUUUUGUGGAUUCCUUGAAAGCAUAAAAGAUAUGACUCAAAACUUUGCUGGUACAUUACUAGUCAUGACGAGCGUGAUAUCGAGUUUUGUGGGGGCCCUCGUACCGCUUGUCACGGGAAUCAUUGUAGGAGAUGAUAUAACGGAUACAAGUCGUUGGAGGUUAAUCUUUUUCACAUUGAGUGGCUUCUCUGUGUUUUGUAACGUUUUUUACACGGUUUUUGGAAGCAGCGAUCGACAAAUUUGGGAUGACUUGCCGAAUACGAAGUUUGGGUACACAAAUGAUGCAAGUAAUUUAGAGUUGGAGGAACUUGGAACAAUGAGACACAAACACACAGAAAAUGUACUCGAUUCGACAAUGUGACAAUAUAGCAUGAAAUAAAUAAUAAUUUAUAAGGCAAA